UCUGUCAGCAGGUCAUCUCUCUUUCUGCCAGCUAGUUGAUGUUCCACAGGAUCCUCAGGGUCUCUUCUAAACCUCUAGUCCUCUCUCUGAAGCGGCUCCUUUUCUCACGCAGUCCCCGAACACUCUCCUCCAGAAUGGCUUUCCAGUAUCCGCAGGCUUACCGCGACGACGCAGUGAUGGACUGCUAUCAUGGCACCAAAGUAGCAGACCCCUACAGCUGGCUGGAGGACCCGGACAGUGAGAAGACACAGGCCUUUGUCACUGCCCAGAACCAGCUGACUUUGCCGUAUUUAGAGCGCUGCGAGGUACGGGACCUGUUCAAGGAGCGCAUGACUGAGCUGUAUGAUUAUCCCAAGUACAGCUGUCCCUUCAAGAGAGGGAAUAGGUACUUUCACUUCUACAACACAGGCCUCCAAAACCAGAGUGUGAUGUACGUGCAGGAGAGCCUGGAUGCUGAGCCCACAGUCUUCUUGGAUCCAAACACAUUUUCUGAUGAUGGAACUGUUGCUCUGCGAGGCUACGCCUUCUCUGAGGACGGGGAGUACCUGGCGUACGGCACCAGCGCCAGCGGCUCGGACUGGGUGGAGAUCCGCUUCCUGCAGGUUGAAGGCGCCAAACCUCUGGAGGACCACCUGGAGCGGGUCAAGUUCAGCUGCAUGUCCUGGACUCACGAUGGGAAGGGGCUUUUCUACAACUCCUACCCAAAGCAGGAGGGCAAGAGUGACGGCACUGAGACCUCCACCAACCUGCACCAGAAGCUAAACUUCCAUGUUUUGGGGACUCCACAGUCUGAGGACGUGCUGUGUGCUGAAUUUCCUGACCACCCCAAAUGGAUGGGUGGAGCAGAGGUGUCAGAUGAUGGACGCUACGUGCUGCUGUCCAUCAGGGAAGGUUGUGACCCGGUCAACAGACUGUGGUACUGUGACCUGCAGACCACUCCUCAGGGUAUCACAGGACUUUUGCCAUGGGUGAAGCUGAUCGACAACUUCGACGCCGAGUACGAGUACGUGACCAACGAGGGCACGUUGUUCACAUUCAAGACCAACCUGGACGCCCCGCGGUACCGCCUCAUCAACAUCGACUUCGCCUCUCCGGCCCAGAGCAACUGGAAAGAGCUCAUCCCUCAACACGACAAAGACGUUAUUGUGUUUGCCACCUGCACGUACUCCAGCUACCUGUUUGUGUGUUUCCUCCACGACGUGAAGAAUGUGUUGAAAAUGUACCGUCUGAGCUCGGGGGAGGAGCUGAGGACCUUCCCUCUGGAUGUGGGCUCCGUGGUGGGUUUCACAGGACGGAAGAGGGACUCUGAGAUCUUCUACUAUUUCACCUCCUUCCUGUCCCCAGCCAUCAUCUACCACUGCGACCUGACGAAGGAGCCUCUGCAGCCGCACAUCUUCAGAGAGGUCACGGUCAAAGGCUUCAGCCCUUCAGACUACCAGACCACCCAGAUCUUCUAUCCCUCCAAGGAUGGCACUCAAAUCCCCAUGUUUAUCGUUCACAAGAAGGGCAUCAAAUUGGAUGGCUCCCAUCCAGGUUUUCUAUACGGCUACGGCGGUUUCAACAUCUCCAUCACGCCGAGCUACAGCGUCUCCAGACUCAUCUUCGUCAGACACCUGGGGGGCGUGCUCGCUGUCGCCAACAUCCGAGGAGGAGGAGAGUACGGGGAGACCUGGCACAAAGCUGGCAUGCUGGCCAACAAGCAGAACUGCUUCACAGACUUCCAGUGUGCAGCUGAAUAUCUCAUCAAAGAGGGAUACACUUCUCCUUCCAAGCUGACUAUAAACGGAGGCUCCAACGGAGGCCUUCUCGUAGCCGCCUGCGUCAACCAGCGGCCCGAGCUGUUCGGCUGCGCUGUGGCUCAGGUCGGCGUCAUGGACAUGCUGAAGUUCCACAAGUUCACCAUCGGACACGCCUGGACCACCGACUUCGGCUGCUGCGAAGACAAAGACCAGUUUGAGUGGCUCAUCAAAUACUCCCCGCUCCACAACAUCCGCAUCCCAGAAGGCAACGGGGUCCAGUACCCGGCGGUGCUCCUCCUGACCGGUGACCAUGACGACCGGGUGGUGCCGCUCCACUCGCUCAAAUACAUCGCCACGCUGCAGCACAUCGUGGGCCGCAGCCCCAAGCAGACAAACCCUCUGUUCAUCCUCGUGGACACAAAGUCGGGCCACGGCGCCGGAAAGCCCACCAGCAAGGUCAUCCAGGAGGUGGCCGACACCUACGCCUUCAUCGCUCGCUGUCUCAACAUCUCCUGGGUCAAAUAACCUGCGCCUCCUUCCCUCCCUCCCUCCCUCCCGUUAGAGUGCGUUUUGUUUUCUUCCUUUACUCACCUUUGGGAUACGGUUCCAACCAGCUGCUCACUCUUUCUUUAGGACUUUGCACCGACACAGACCGGGAUCAUCUGACUCAUGUUCACCCAAAUCACUACAUCUUUUAUUUGAUCCUUUCUUUACCUCUUUUUUUUUUUUAUUUCUAUCCCUCCUUCUCUGUGUGAGCCGCUCCAUCAGGAUCAGCUCCAGCUGCACCUGCACACAACUUUAAGCCAACAAGCAGCACUCACACAACUAACGUACCCUCUCCUGUCGGCCAUGUUUGUAGUCCCAGCGACUGCAUUAUCAGUGGAAAGGAAGAGGGUGCCUUCACGGUUACAGUUAAUCAGCCAAUCAGCCAACCCGGUCUCACAGAAAUCUGUGAAAUAGCCACGGAUUUCACUUAACUCAAAAUCCGUGGAAUAGUCACGGAAUCGCUCAAAUUUCCGUGAAACUGACACGGAUUUCGCUACAAUGCAAGUUAAUGACAGUCAUAUCCUGUGGCUAUUCCAUGGAUAUUUGUUCCUAUUGGUUUGUUCCAAGUCACGUGACUUUCAAGGUCCAAGCGGUCAGAACAAAAAUCACAAACAAAAUCUCAUUUUUAGUGAAAAAUCUAUAUUUUGACUUAGGUUCUGCAUAAAAAUGGAUUUUGAUCACAUUUCUAGCGAGAAAUAUAUGUUUUAUUUUCUAAAUAUCCACUCAGUGAAUGUUCAUAAUCACUUUGUAUGUUGGAAUAGCCACGGGAUAUGACUGUCAUUAUAGCGAAAUCCGUGUCAGUUUCACGGAAAUUUGAGCGAUUCCGUGGCUAUUCCACGGAUUUUGAGUUAAGUGAAAUCUGUGGCUAUUUCACGGAUUUCUGUGAGACCAGGUUGCAAUCAGCAGUUAGUCAUGAGGUCAAAGUGGCAAAACGUUUAUUUGAUGCUUUGUUUCCUGCAUCUGGGUGCUCCAACAUGAUGCAUUGUUGUUAUUUAUUUUACGUUUGUGCGCAGAACGGAGGCUCUGGGACGUCGAGGGGCUCCAGCACGUGCAGGUAUAGAGCAAACAAACGGUGGCGCCGCAGGUCAACAGUAUUGCAGUGUGUGGAUGUGAGUGUGUGAAAUUUGCAAAAAAAAAUAAAAGAAAAAAACUGCUUUGUGUGUGCAUGUGGAAGAGUGUGUGUGUGUUUAAAUGUCAGUCCCCACAUUUCUUUCAGACUGAUGAUGAUUUCUACCUCUUGACAUGUGCUGAUUGUUUGCCUUUUAAAGGGAACAAAACACAAUGCCACAACUACAAUAAACAACUUUUUAAACAGUGA